UGAAUUCGGUGUGAUUUCUGCUGAACCCCACGUCUUCGCAAUUUGGCGCCUUUGUUUUGUCUCUUAUAAGUUAUAACCACACCGGAAGUCGCUUUCCUAUUAUUGUCCUUCCCUCUCGGUGUAUAAGUAUACCGAAGUACCUCUACAAGCCCAUCGCACGCACAGUUAUUUUGGGAUCCCCCCCUCAGGAAGCUCGUCUGGUGCCUGGAGUCAGAGAAUAUCGAAACCAAUACGUCGGCAAUCAUGUCGCCGAGCGUGGAGAAUGGCAUGUUUGCUGAAGGGGCCGUCAAGAAUGUCGAUGCCCAGCAUGACGUUGGGACGGUGCCCAACCCAAACCCGACAAUUACUGGCCCCUGGACCGUGGACAAGGUGCUGGAUACGAUUCCCGGCGGGAAGCCUGCGGAAGGGACGAGCUCUCCGGUACCGUACUUCCACAUUCUGGAGCGCUUAAAGACGACGAAGCGGGAGGGUUGGCGUCGAUUCGGCAUUGAUCGUGGGGAGUCAAUUUCAGAUCACAUGUAUCGGAUGGCCAUGAUCAGCAUGCUUACGCCGCCGGCGCUCGCAGCCAAGCUGGAUGUUCACAAGUGCACCAAGAUGUGCUUGAUUCAUGAUAUGGCAGAAUCCCUUGUCGGCGACAUUACGCCUGUCGACGGCGUUGCGAAGCCAGAAAAGAGCAGGCGAGAAGCUUCGACCAUGGAUUACAUAACCGAGCGUCUGCUUGGCAAGGUCGAUGGCGGAAAGGCUGGCGAGGAGAUUCGGGCAAUCUGGCAAGAAUACGAAGAUUCCAAGACACUCGAGAGCAUCUAUGUCCAUGAUAUCGACAAGAUGGAGCUCCUCACCCAGAUGGUCGAGUACGAGAAGCGCGGCAAGGGAAGAUUGGACCUGGGCGAGUUUGCCUACGUCAAGACCAAGAUCGUGCUGGACGAGGUGAAAGCAUGGGCCGAGGACGUCAUGAAGGAGAGGGAGGAAUUUUGGGCGGGGCAGUCACACAUCCAUGGCGAGGCCGGUGUCGACGGUGGCCUUUCUCCUGAGACUACAGCGAUGCAGGAGGCUUAUUACAGCAAGGAAUAGGCACAUCGCAUCUUCAUGUGCAUUUUGCUGGGGUUUAUGGCCAAAUGGCCCGGUUGAUAUAUGUGACGGCUUUACGAAUAGGCACGGGUUUGGCGCUGCGCAUGAUACAGAACUGCACCGCAAGGUUUUAGAGACAUUGCAGAGUACUGUAGAUCUCCUCAAUACCCACAAGAGCUCCAUAGCGAACACUGAGA